CUUGCCUCUUACAAGGGAAGGUUUGAUUCGCACAGUGAAACAUCUGAAAUGAAACGCACCAAGCUACCGUUGACGCUAAUCGUAGUUUUUAGCUUCUUGUUCAUGUAUAUCGAGCUCUCAUGCGCAAGGUCUUACAAGGACAUUCACCAUCUGCUAACCGAUGACGAAAGGGAAAUGAUUUUUGGACAUCCAUUUGUAGAAUAUGUUCCAGAGUUCGAUGUUUCCCAUCCUAUUCAAGUUGAUGGGCGAGGUAGAUUUUUGUCACGUGACUUGGCAAAUGGGAACGCACGCCGAAAGAGAGACCUAGAUGGCAUCAAGUCCAAAGAACCCGUCUUCUUCAAGCUCUCAGCGUUUGGUCAAAACCUUCACCUGAACGUUACAAUUAAUGAUGAGCUUUUCUCGCCCAAUUUCGAAAUCGAAAUCCGCGGCAACGGCACGUCGGAAUUUCAUUACGAAAUUGAUCAUUGUCAUUACAUUGGACAGGUGGUUCCCACAGGAGGAACUGGGAACAAAGUGGCCAUCAGCAACUGCGAUGGACUACAUGGUAUGAUUCGCACGCCACAAGAUGUUUUUAUGGUACAUCCUCUACCCGAUCGACUUAAAUUGGGAAAGAACAACACUCGAGCCCACGUAAUCCACAGGAGGUCUUUAUCACCCGCGCAUGCACAUUCAUUAGCUCAGGCUUUGGAGGAAGAGAAAAGAUCUGAUAGCUGGUGUGGAGUGGAAGGGGGGGCAACUGUUCAGCAAUCUGACGAAGGUGAUGACAACCAUGAGAACUCCGACCGCUCUUUUCGACCGAAUAAAAAAAGAACCAUCGAGUCCAUGUUAGUGGUAGAGAAAGAGAUGACAAGAUUUUACGGUGUUUCUCAAAUCGAGAAAUAUGUACCCACCAUGGCAAAUAUGGCUCAGGGCCUCUUAGCCGACGCUUCGAUUGGGGCUAACGUCAAAUAUGUCGUAACCAAACUAUUGAUUUUGCAAAAAGACCAGCCAGGUCUGGUUAUUAGCACCCAUGCCUCCAGCACUUUGGAUAAUUUCUGCAAAUGGACAACAGGACAAAAUAUUCCUGACGACACAAGUCCACGUCAUUUCGACCAUGCAGCACUCUUUUCAAAGUACAAUUUUUGCAGAAACAAAGGAAAUGUACAAGACCAGGGUUGCGGAACUAUUCUAGGUUUAGCGCAAUUGAAGGGAAUGUGCAGACCAGACGUCAGUUGUACUCUGAACAAGGACACGGGACUAGGAACUGCGUUUACAUUGGCUCAUGAAACAGCUCACAAUCUCGGCUCUGAACACGACGGGGAGGGGAACAAAUGCAGUGAUGGCGUCUACAUUAUGGCGACUAGGGCAAGUGGGAAAGUGACCGCGUUUGAUUGGUCGCCGUGCAGUAGGAAUUACGUGACAAAAUUCUUACAGACACAACAAGCUCAUUGUUUGAAUGACAACGAACCCAAAAGCAAAUUUGCACUGCCAAAAGGCUUACCAGGAAAGCGUUACGACGGAGAUGCUCAGUGUGUGCGCAUGUUCGGAGCAGGUGCCAAAGUCUGCGAAAUCCCGGAUUUAAAAGCGAAAAUGUGUGUCAAUUUACACUGCGAAAAGCCUGAUGGGUAUUGCUCGUCAAACGAUGAACCGGCCGCUGAUGGAACCAAAUGUGGCAAUAACAAGUGGUGCAUGCGUGGUCGCUGUGUAUCUGAUGAGAUCAAACCGGGAUACCAGGACGUGGAUGGCAAUUGGGGAGCAUGGAAACCAUGGAGUAGCUGCUAUCCCCAAUGUGGUCAAGGUCUUAGCACGAGGGAGCGCAAAUGCGACAAUCCAGCGCCGAAGCGUGGAGGGAAACUAUGCCAGGGAAACGCCAAGGAAUACAAGUUUUGCAACAAUCCGAAAUGUCCAUCAAGCUUCGAAAAUCCAAGAAAUAAACAGUGUAAAGAUCACAGACAUGUACAGUUUCAAGGAGGUCCUUAUAACUGGAUCUACGACCCAUACUAUGCACAAGGAAGUCCCAAGUGCGUUCUGAGUUGCGCUACAACUAACGGAGAUACCACAUCCUUUGGAAACGUUAAGGAUGGAACACCUUGCACUGAUCAGCCUAACAGUGGUGUCUGUAUCAAUGGCAAAUGUCAGAAACCAAAGCCGGGCGGUGGUAAACCAAAGCCCAGCGGAAGUAGGCCCAAGCCCAGCGGAAGUAGGCCCAAGCCCAGCGGAAGUAGGCCCAAGCCCAGCGGAAGUAGGCCCAAGCCCAGUGAUAUAUUCAGAGGUACAUACAGCAAAGUUCCACCAGCAGACGAGUACUAUGUCCCUAUCGCAACAAUUCCAGCUGGAGCAAGAAAUGUCAAAAUUGAGGAGGCGACAGCUUCUGAAAACAACUUACGUAAGUAUAUAUGGCAAAAGCAUUAA